AUUCCUGCACUCUACGGAAUCUCUUCCCCGCGAUCAUCUUCCAAUCAACGCAAGGAAAUAGAUGGCAAUUCGUAAAUCCAAAGAUUUCAUCGCUUCUGGACACAACCAGAUCCUCCCGCCUAUAAAUACCAGCACCAUCGUUCCCACUUUUCCCUCUACCUUCUCCAAUCCCUCACUCUUCUUCUCCGCCGUUCUAAUGAAAUCCUCCCACAUACAAAGCAGAACAAUUCUGCUAACGAUCAUCGCUAUUUUCGCAUUCGUGUGGAAGGCGGAGUGCCGGCAGGCGAAGGAGUUCGACCGGCUGCUGUGGUCUGCAGGAUCGCCGGGAGGAUGCCGAUCCCACGUUGCCGAUCUGACACAGUUUGGCGGAGUGGAUGAUGGGGUUACAUCGAAUACCAAAGCGUUUCGCGACGCCAUUGCUAAUCUCAGCGAAUACGCCUCCGAUGGAGGAAGCAUGCUCGUCGUUCCGCCGGGGCGGUGGCUCACCGGGCCUUUUAACCUCACCAGCCACUUCACUCUCUUCCUCCAAGCAGAUGCAGAGAUUGUCGCAAGCACGGAUAUGGAUGAGUAUCCGAUCGUGGAGCCAUUGCCGUCUUAUGGAAGAGGAAGGGAUACUACUGGUGGAAGAUACAGCAACUUCAUCUGGGGUACUAACCUCACCGAUGUCAUCAUCACAGGGGAAAACGCGACGAUAGAUGGUCAAGGCCAGUUCUGGUGGGAUAAAUUUCACAAAAAGCAGCUGGACUCUACUCGCGGAUAUCUCCUUGAGCUCAUGCAUUCGGAGAACAUCCUCAUCUCCAACCUCACUUUCCUUAACUCUCCAGCAUGGAAUCUGCAUCCGGUUUACUGCAACAAUGUCAUCAUUUCUAAUGUCACCGUUCUGGCUCCUGUGGACUCCCCCAACACCGAUGGCAUAGAUCCAGACUCAUGUUCCAACGUCCUGAUCGAGGACAGCUUCAUAGUCUCCGGCGACGAUUGCAUCGCCGUCAAGAGCGGCUGGGACGAAUACGGAAUACGCUACGGGCGGCCAAGCGAACACAUCCUCAUCCGUCGCGUCACCUGCAUCUCCCCCUACAGCGCCGUCAUCGCCCUAGGAAGCGAGAUGUCCGGCGGCAUACAAGACCUCCGGGCGGAAAACAUCGUCGCCAUUAACUCCGAAUCCGCCGUCCGCAUCAAGACCGGCAUCGGCCGCGGCGGCUUCGUCCGGGAUAUCUUCGUCAGGGGAAUGAGACUCCACACCAUGAAAUACGUUUUCUGGAUGACGGGGAAUUACGGGAGCCACCCGGACGACCAUUGGGACCCCAAUGCUCUCCCGGAGAUCACGCGGAUCAACUACAGCGAUUUCGUUGCGGAGAACGUGAGCAUGGUGGGGAAUCUGGAGGGGAUUGAGAAGGAUGUGUUUACGGAGAUUUGUAUUUCGAAUGUGACGGCGGAGCUGAGCGCGAAGGCGAAGAAGGUGGUGUGGAAUUGCAGCUUUGUGGAAGGGGUGAGUCAUGGUGUGAGUCCGAAGGCGUGCGAUGAGCUGCCGGAGAAGGGUUGCUCCUGCUCUUACCCGACGAUUCCGAUGCCGAUUGAAGAUGUUCGGGUUGGGCAGUGCGGGCGGUAGAAUGGAAAAGGUGGUUGGGUUUAAUUA